UGUUAGGAAAGUAUUAAUGCAAGACGAUGCAGACCUCUUCGUUGUGGUACAAAUUUCUGUUCUGGUAUUCGUAUGUUACGGGGUGAUUUUAAAAACGCUUCGCGUAGUGGGUAUCGGCCUGCAUCUUCGACUUUUUGUUACAGUCGCAACCUCUACAGGCGAAAUGACUGUCACCGUGACAAAAUUGUCUCUCAUCUCUACUGAUUGUGAUAGUGCCAAAACUACUGGAAGGUACUUACCAAUAAUUUCUAAAUCUUUUUAUAGUUAGUGCGCAGGGUUUUUGGAACAGAGUCCAUGUAUAUAUUGUUUCUUUUAACAGCUGAUUUUUCUGCAGAAGUGCUGAACUCACUGUUAAAUGUUGGUGGAUGGAGUGCUAGUUGGGUGAUUCUGGGCGUUCCACCUGUUUCGUUUUGCCUAGGUUAUCUGUAAAUAAUUUACUUUUUUUUGUCGUUGAAUGACAUUCAGCUGAACCUGAUGUCAUGUGAUCGUGUUUAACGAAUUGUUUGGCCCACUUAGCACCUACGAUGGCAGAUGGAUUAAAUGGAGAAAGACAGUCUAUUAGGGAUUCUGCCAAAUCUUUGAAGAAGUAUGGCAGCACUUGCAAUCAUUUUAAGCGGCAGGACCACAUUAAGCACAUAAUUGUGGAAGGUGACACCCUGCAAGGAAUCGCAUUGAAGUAUGGAGUUACCAUGGAGCAGAUACGGCGAGCCAACCUCCUGUGGGCGACGGACAGUCUGUUCCUGAGGGAGAGCCUGCUGAUCCCAGUGACCAAAGAAAGUGCCAUAUCAGACAUGAUGCCGGAGCGGUAUAGCCUGACGGGCAGAAUCGUGACCUCGCCACUGUCCCCGGAGAGCCAGGCGCUGUCCGAAAAGAGCGUAGAUGACUUCCUUGUUGCGAUAGAUACUUCCAUCGCCAACACCAAGAACCAAGUGAAGAAGUCGCAAGGACACAGCGAGUUCCGGGACGACGACGACUUGUACGCACAUCGGCGGCCGGCCGUGUCACGCCUGCGCCAGCAACAGCAACAGCAGCAGCAGCAACAGCUGCAGCUGCAGAGCAACGGCACGGACGACCUGCUGAAUACGCCCCACCCUGUCGUCAUGACGCAGGGACGCAAAGUUCGCACGUCGUUGCAGAGACUCCAGCGCGAGCAGGACGAGAUAUUCGAGUUGUAGCACUCCGGCCCAACCUUGCUUUACGUUGUUUCUGUACACGUCAUCUCUUAGAUGUAGCACCAGAUGCACAGUGUCUACCAUGUUGCGUCCCCCCCGUCCUCGGCACGACUGUCGAUCAUCCAGCCCGCAGGGGUCUCCGUACACCUUCACGCUACGGAUGGGCAUCGCUAGAACCCAUGUCGGAAUGGUGUGGUGCACACCCGGUUGUGAUUUAAGGAGAUGGCAUGGUUCUGGGCGGUGCACAACAACAAAGUCUUGUUCGUAACUUUCUGGUGCAAGUGGAAAUGUAUGGAAUAAUUAAUGACUGCAAUAAUUUUCAAUUUUGGUUGGAAAGUACAAAAUUACUUAACUGGAAUCAGUCUGCAAAACUAUCGUCUAGUCUUGUUUGGUUUUCUUUUCUCUUGCCAAGUGUUUGCUUGUUGUGUAACAAGUGUUGUGUUACUGAAUGCUGUAGGUAGACAUGCAAAGUGUGAUACAAGUAUUACUUGCAGAUUAAUUUUUUUGCAAUUAUCGCAGAUAGUGAAGAAAGUUAAUGGUAGUUUUAGUUGAGUUAUUUAGUGAUAAUACAUUUAAGAUUGCUUAUUUAGCCUCCUAUUGUGCACACUUAGUUUGCAUAUAAAGUACUUGAGGCUAAGUAUUAUUACGCAGUGAUGAGUUCUAGAGUUUGCAAGUUUACACUUCUAAUGAAUUCAAUGGAUUUGCUUCAAUACAUUAUGAGUUGAAUGUCUGUACUGUUUUUUUGGUUAAUUUUGAAAAUUGGAUGCAUUUAUUUUUGAAUGGUUUCUUAUUGUAGUUAUCUACAAAUUAUGUACUGUAUGAAGCCUAAUUUUUGUUAGUAAAGUUCUGCUACGAAAGUUAAUGUAUAAUAUUAAUGUUUUUGAAAACUAUUAAGAAAAAAGUCAAGAUAUUUUUUUAUAACACUUGCAGAAUGUAUGCAUGUGAUUGUAAUUAAUGUAACAAAAUGCCAUGUUUAUGCAAAACAAUAUUGUGUGAUAUGUUCAUUGAUUUAGCUUGUUUUUCAAGAACAAUUUUCUAUAGUAAAGAAAGAUUUGGACUAUCUACUUGAACAUUUAAAUAACAAGCAACUUAAAAUAAUAUGAACACUUGGAUGAUAAAUACUGUUAUCGUAAUACAUAAUUGCCAUGUAUGGCUGUGCUGUCAUAGAUAACCAUGGUCUAUCAUAAUAUCUGUCUCCAGGAGCAGUUCUCAUUCUCAUGCAAGCAUGUCUGAAAACAGUAUUGUCGCACGUCUCCAUUGAUUGUUGUUGUAAGCUCCACUUGGUGAAUGCAGCUUCGUUAAUACUGUUGGUAAGAGCAAAUAUAUACUGUACAUAGCACAACUUGCAUGUUGUGCACAUUUAUAA